GCUACAAGCAUAGUCCACAUCGCGCCACCACUACUAGGCUGCCAGGCUCUCUCUCACUCACUACUAGGCGUGCACCCCUAUCCAUUAGAAGCUCCCUUCAGCGGCAGCCACUUAGCUGGAAUCCGUCAGACUCGGAGACGAAUAUUACCGAAUAUUACCGAAUACUACCGAAUACUACCGAAUACUACCGAAUACUACCGAAUACUACCGAAUACUGCCCAGCCAGCCAGAAGGAUCGGCCUUUGGGAGACCGAUUACAGUGCACUCGAUCGAUCGGUACUCGGUCCAAUUACAGUGUACUCGAUAGUAUAGUCCGCCAGUCGGCGGUCUGAACCGGGCUCGUCAAAUGGUGCUCCGGUGCGCCACUCUUCCUCUCCGACCCUUCUUCGUAACUCUUCCCACCGCCACCGCACGGUUCGGUUCUGGGUCGCCUCACAAGCAGUCCCUAUUCGGGGACGGCGGAGGGGCCAGAUGGCGGGACGGCAACGGCAGGUGGAAAGGGCUCCGCGCGGGCGCAAGCAGCGGUAACCCGGCCGCGAAUGGCGGCGGGAAUCCUGGCGGGUAUGCGUAUGGAUACAGCAACCGGCCGCCCCCCAAGCCCACGCCGACUUAUGAAGAGCAGGUGCAGCAGCGCAUGCGGGAGGUGACGAGCAUGCCGUUCGACGUGGCGAGGCGGCUGUGGCGCCUCAUCACGGAGCAGCCCGAGGAGUUCCGCCUCGUGCGCUUCCCCUCCUGGAAGGAGAUGAUAACAGUGACGCUGCUCACCUUCCUCUUCAUCAUCGUGCUCAUCAUCUUCAUCUCCUCUGUUGACUCCGUGCUCGCACGUGUGCUCACUCCUCGCUUCAAGCCCGCAUGACAUGAUCUUCGCCAAGGCUUGGUUGAAAUACCGUAGAGUGUUUGCAGACUAAGGGCGUAUUCCUACUUCAGCCUGUUCAGUACCAGGAAACUGAACUUCACGAACAACCGAAUUGAACUGGACAGGAUUUCGCGUUUGGGCACCUUUGCUUCACUGUAUCAUGCUUCAAACUCGAUUUUGGGUUUGCUGGUACUGAACACUGUACUGUAUGAAUGCAGCCUAAGGUUGUCUGAAGGUAAUCUCUAGCACUAC